CUGAAUGUCUUGAAUGCGAUUAAAAUUUCGGCCAGCUCCAGUUGAUCAGUUUGAAAGAUCUUAACAAAACCCAGAUGCGUUUGCAUACAAAUUAUUGCCGUUAUUGUUACUAUUAUUGUCGUUUUGCCGAACUGGUCCGGAUCGUAUUGUGAUCCGAGUGAGUCGGCCCCGUCGGUCGACCCAACUUGGUCGCUCUGGUCUUUCAUUUCUCUCCGGAAAAGCGUCGUGGUUCCAUCUGCCCAUAAACCCUUCGGAAAAAGCACUGUGCAACGUAAUUCCACCGUUUCCUGCGACCUAUAUGACCAUCGGUCGCUGGAUUCUGGAUUCCGCCGGGCCGCCCUGCCAGUAAGUGGACGUCCAAUCAGUUCUUUCUCUCUCUCUCUCUCUCUCUCUCUCUCGCCUCUCUCUCUGUCUCUACUCUCUUUCUCGGCCUUUUUGCGUUUUGCUGACGAGAGACUUCUGAAUCAUUGGUUCAUUGUCUGUGCUACUAACUGGAGGUUGUUUUAGUAUUUUCUCCCCCUCUUUCCGUGCAUAGAAUCCCUAAUUCUGUUCCUGAGUUUUUGGAGCUAUAACUGAUCUAGGCAUUUUGGUUCUAUGUUAAAACUUGGCUUUUUGCUGUUUUAAUCAUGUAUCGAAUGGAGACUCUGAUGUUUUCAUCUUGUUCGUUCCUCUGACGUACAAGAUGGUGAAUACGAAGCCUGGUCAUGGUUGGCACCUGUCAUGGUAUCUUUUUUAUCAUUAAAUUUCAUCGUCUAUGGAUUUUGAUUUAUAAGAAUCAUCUCCUAAACCUUUUGCCUUCGAUUCCAGCUGUUUUUUUCAGUCUUUUUGAGAUAUUAUUAGUUUUGGAAACGAAUUCUAAGGAUACUGCUUCGAACUGUCUCCAUUCAGUUCUUGUGAGCCGAACUCCCAAUGCUGCUUGGGCAGCUUACCUGCUCAGCAAUUCGAAUCAAUCCCUUCUUCAGAUGUCUGUCCAUCUUGUCUUCGCUCCAGCGUGCCCCAUGCCACCGUCACCAAUAUGCUGCCACGGUUAUUCCGUCUGCUUCUCUCUUCUUAGCUGCUGUUACCUCUAGGUCGUUCCGGCGGCAGAAUAAGCCCCGCUUCGAGUCGCCGGAGAAUACCCUCCGUCAACGCCUUGAAGUAUGCUCAGAGAAUCGUGACGUUGCCUCUGCUUUUUCCCUCUUCGACGAGGCCCGUGUAGCAGGUGUCCGCCUUUGCAGUUACCACUAUAACUCCCUUCUGUACCUCUGCUCUCUCCCCACCUCCCUAGGCAGCUGGGUUGAUCGAGGAUUUGAGAUCUACGACCGUAUGCGUGCUGAUGGCGUGCCCCCAAAUGAAGCAACCAUCACUAACCUUACCCGCCUUGCUGCUGAGAAGGGCGACUUUGAUCUUGCCUUCAACCUUCUUAAGCAAAUGACUGAUUAUGGGCUCACACCACGUCUCCGCUCAUUUGGCCCAGCAUUAUACGGUUUCUGCAGGCUUGGGAAGGUGGAGAAGGCCUAUGAGGUUGAUGAGUAUAUGCUGAACUUUGGGAUUGUACCAGAAGAGAGUGAGCUUGCUGCACUUCUGCAGGCAAGCUCUGAGGCUGGGAGAGGAGACAAGGUUUACUCAAUUUUACAUAGAUUGAGAAGGGCAGUGUGGGUGAUAUCUGAGUCAACAGCAGAGAUCUUAGAGAGGUGGUUCCGCAGCAAGGCAGCUGCCAAGGUGGGGGUGGAAAAUUGCGACACAGAGGAGGUUAGGAUGGGGAUUGUUGAGGGGGGAGGUGGUUGGCAUGGGAAAGGUUGGUUGGGGAAGGGAGACUGGAAGGUCGCAAAGUCGAAGAUCAGCGAGAAGGGUGUCUGCAAGGUUUGUGGGGAGAGACUGGUAACCAUUGACAUCGACCCACGUGAGACAGAGAACUUUGCAAAGUCCAUUGCGGAUUUGGCUUGUGAAAAACAAGUUAAGAAUGAUUUUACAAAAUUUCAGGAUUGGCUUGAAAAGAAUGGGCCUUUUGAUGCUGUAAUUGAUGGUGCCAAUAUGGGACACUUCAAACCAGGUUUACACGUUUCUAGUUUCUCUCGGCUGAAUUCUGUUGUAAAUGCCUUACAUAAAAUGAGUCCUUCAAAGAAAUUACCGCUUGUUAUUUUGCACAGCUGGCACCUAAAGGGUGAUGCUGUGGAUAGACCGGAAAUCAAACAUCUGAUAGAAAGCUGGAGGAGGUCCCGUGCAAUCUAUACUACCCCUGUUGGUUCGAAUGAUGACUGGUAUUGGUUAUAUGCAGCUGUUAGUUGUCGUUGUCUGCUUGUUACAAACGAUGAAAUGCGGGAUCAUUUGUUCCAACUACUAGGAAAAAGUUUUUUUCCAACAUGGAAAGAAAGACAUCAGGUUCGGCUGUCUGCAUCUAGGCGACUCAAGUUUCAGAUGCCACUGCCAUAUUCAACAGUUAUCCAGGAAUCGGUAUGUGGGAGUUGGCAUGUACCUAUUGCUGCUGAAAAUCAAAAUGCUCCAAGACAAUGGAUUUGCGUAACAAGGCCCAGGUUCCCACAUUUGAAGCACGUUAGUGGAUAUUUUGAACCGACUAAUGCAAGCAACUUGCAGAUUAGCUCUCCGCACUAAACCUCAAGUUGAAUUUUGUAGAGCCACAGCUGUCAAUUAAGCACUAACAAAUUUUAGUUUUUUCUUUUCGACCAAAUCAAAGGAAAACCUGGUCCUGAACCCUCUGGGUAAGGCCCUUAUUAAGCUUAGUUUGCUCAUUUGAGCUGUCCUGUAUUAGAUUAGUGGGCCUUUUUGCAGUUUGGAUCAGCUAGACGAUGUACACCAUUGCUGAUCUUUAACCCCUUUUUUGCUCCAGCUAGGCCUACCUAAUACGUGCCGUGUGUAAUAGAAAUUCAAUACCGUAUUUUUCAUAUAAUUGAAGGUUCAUCCUCUUUAUGCCUCUUA